UAAUUGUGCUUCAAUUCUCACAUUGUUAAAAGUCAUGCUGCAGAUUUUACAGAAUAUACAUAAUAAGCCAAUGUAAUAGCAAAAUAAAAAUGACGUGCGAGGAGUUUAAAGGGUUCCUAAGGUAGGGUGGUAAGGACCAAUAGGGAGGCAGAAAGGUAGGGUCAUCAGUGAAAAUAUUUAGCUCUCUGUUGAACCUGCAGCAGCGUCGAAGAAGACGAGGCAACACGAGUUUGUGCAGGAUCGUUCUCGAUACGCUUCGCUGUGAGAGCCUCUCCUGCGUGAUGCUGCUUGUGGGGUUCCUGCCGCUGCUGCUGCUGCAGAUGCCCUGCCGGGCGGGAGAUGUUCCCGAGGACAUCACGGCGGAGUUCUCUGUCAAGCUGUACCACCAGCUGCGGUCCUCCGAGGGGGAGGACAACAUCAUCUUCUCCCCCCUCAGCGUGUCUGUGGCGCUCGGCAUGGUGGAGCUGGGGGCCCGGGGGCCCACCCUGAACGAGAUCAGACAGGCCGUGGGCUAUGGCCACCUCAAAGCAGGUGAUGAGUUCUCCCUCCUGAGGAACCUGACUCAAGCCCUGGCCACAGAAGAGACGCAGAACGUGGUCAAGCUGGCCAACUCCCUCUUCCUGCAGACCGGCGUGCACUUCAACCCCGACUUCCUGCAGCUCAUGAAGAAGUACUUCCGGGCAGAGAUCGAGACGGUGGACUUCAGCGAGUCCAGUGCUGUGGCUGAUCAUAUCAACACCUGGGUGGAGAACCAUACGGAGAGUAAAAUCCAAAAUCUGCUGUCUGCGGACGACUUCAGUAGUGUGACCCGCCUCACUCUGGUGAAUGCAGUCUACUUCCGGGGUAGCUGGAAGAACCAGUUCCGACCAGAAAACACCCGGACCUUUUCCUUCAGCAAGGACGAUGGCAGUGAGGUGCAGACCCUGAUGAUGUACCAGCAGGGAGAUUUCUACUAUGGUGAGUUCAGUGAUGGUUCCACAGAAGCAGGGGGUGUGUAUCAAGUGCUGGAGAUGCCCUAUGAGGACGAGGACAUGAGCAUGAUGAUCAUCCUGCCCCGACAGGAAGUGCCUCUAGCUUCACUGGAACCAAUCAUCAAGGCACAGCUCUUGGAAGACUGGGCCAACAAUGUUAAGAAGCAGAAGGUGGAGGUAUACCUGCCAAGAUUCAAAGUGGAACAGAAGAUAGAUCUGAGAGAAACCCUGCAGAAUCUGGGCAUCAAGAACAUUUUUACUAAAGACGCUGACCUGUCAGCUAUGGCAGGCGAGAUGGCAGGCAAGGAGCUCUUCAUUGGGAAAGCAGUUCAGAAGGCAUACCUGGAGGUGACAGAGGAAGGGGCGGAGGGAGCCGCUGGAUCAGGAAUGAUCGCACUGACCAGGACACUGGUGCUGUACCCGCAGGUCAUGGCUGACCAUCCCUUCUUCUUUCUCAUUAGAAACAGGAGGACAGGCUCCAUUCUCUUCAUGGGCAGAGUCAUGAAUCCUGAGGUUAUUGACUGACCGUGAUCGUGAUGCAGCGUAGCUCUGUCAAAGCUGUUGCGACUAGCAGAACGGCUAAUGAAUACAUUUCUCUCUUGUCAUUUGCUGUGUUUUUAUAACCUUAUAUUAAAUAUAGGGUUUGUGUUUUUAUACUGUAAGCUUAAACCACCAGAACAGAUUUGUAAAUAUAUAUGAGGAAAUGGAGUCUUUGAGCAAAGAUCUCUCACUGCAGGAGAACUAUAGAACACAUGUACCCCUUAUAUCUGCUUUACGGAACAUGUAUAUCCUUAAACUCUUCUCUUCACAGAACACGUAUAUGCAUAAUCCUUCCUCAUAUCUGAAAAUGCUUUCUCUUUAUGGAAAAUCUCCAAUUUCCUGCACCCUUUCUCCCAGACACCCUACAGCCCAUUACACUGGUUAUCACAGUGUGUAUCUUUACGAAAUUGUCUCAGCAUUAUUUUAUUGUACAUUCACUAUUGUGUUACAUAUGAGAGUAGGUAUUUAUUGCCAAAUUUGUGUAGUUCUGUAUUGAAAUCACUAGAGCUUAUUAAUUUAAUUUCUUUUUGUUUUUAUGUUAAAAGUAUAUGGCUUAAAUACUGCUACACUACAAAUAUGCCUUAUAUUAUUGUUUAUUUUUUGAUUUUAUGGACUUGCAGGUGUACAGGAAGUGAAGGUUUUCAGGUAGGCUAUGAAGGAGAUGUUGCAGGUGGGCUGCCUCAGUGACAUAGGUCAGUGUACAGAGAAAACCAGCAGCUGUAUGCACUCUUUUCAGAAAUAAAUAUGAAUGUGUUCAAAUUA